UCAUGCAUCUGUCCACAGCUUCUCAUCAAUUGAUCAUUUCAUCGGCUUUGCUUUUGCUCCUGUGUGCUUCUGCAUCAGGGGAUUAUUUUAUGCCGGUUAUGAGUCCUGUUACCCCACCAGAAUCCGCUCCUAUGGACCUUAGAGGUAUGGUUUGCUGCAAGAAAUUUACAAGAAAGGAACCACAGAUCAAAAUAAAUAGUUGUUUCUUUGUUCAAGAAAUAAGCAACUGUCUUAAGAGUGUGGUAUUAAUUGAUGAAAUGAACAAGAUGCACUGCAUUCAUCCUAAAGCUCCAUGGCUCAAUGCAAGAAUAAAGCGUCUAGAAGAGAUUGGAGUACAGUGUACAGUACAUUAAAAAAUAGGAGUGGACAUCUUGAUCUUCACCUUGCAGC